UUCUCGCAUUGAGUAGCUAGCGGCUAUCAACUGGCGUCUUCGCGGGUAUAUAUAAACCGAACGCAAUCUCGAAAAAUACAAACCAACCCUCUCAGAGCGAUUUCUUCUUCAGCACGCGAAUAAUCAUGAAAACUUCGGUUGCAGCUAUUCUUUUGCUGGCUUGUGCCGUGUCCGGCAGAUGGGUUCAGCAACCAACGACGAGCGAUGUGGCCCGUCAAUUCCAAUCGCAAGACGGUUUCGGCCAGGCCAAGUUUGGCUAUUCUCAUCCAGGUCAAUCGGCUGAAACUCAUCGAGAUGCCAAAGGCAACCAAGUGGGCAGCUACGCCUACAUCAGCCCGGAAGGCAGAGAGAUCCGCGUCAACUACAUCGCCGAUGAACACGGUUAUCGCGUUGACAAUGACCACACCCAAGAGACGGCUGAAGUUGCUGCUGCCCGCUCUUCUCACUUGGCCGCUCAUGCCGCCGCCCUAGCCGCUGCCAGAGCUGCCACACCCGACCAGGAACAGUGGGAUGCACCCCAGCCGAUCAAAAGCAAACCUGUUGUAACGGUACCCCAACAGCAGAGCUGGUCUGCCCCUCAACAAACCACUUGGGAAGCUCCUCAGAGAUCCUGGGCCGCUGCUGAACCGGUCCAAGUCAACUAUGGCUUGCCCCAACCCGUAGAAGACACCCCCGAAGUCAGAGCAGCUAAAGCGGAAUUUUACGCAAGUUAUCGGGAGGCUGCUGCUCGCGCACCCCAGGAAGAGAACGUCAUCGCUCCUCAACAGACUAAUUGGGACGCCCCUCAACAAAAGAGCUGGACCGCUCCUCAGCAGGACACCUGGACUGCUCCUCAACAAAACACCUGGUCCGCCCCUCAACAGAGCACCUGGGUCGCCCCUCAAUCAGUUCAACCUUCAACGAGUGACACGGCCCGUCAGUAUCAAUCUCAAGACGGUUUCGGCCAGGCCAAGUUCGGAUAUUCCCACCCCGGCCAAUCUGCUGAAACACACCGAGACGCUCAAGGUAACCAAGUUGGCAGCUAUGCAUACAUCAACCCAGAAGGCAGAGAGAUCCGCGUCAACUACAUCGCCGAUAAAAACGGUUUCCGGGUUGAUAACGACCACACCCAAGAAACAGCUGAGGUGGCAGCGGCCCGCUCUUCUCACAUGGCUGCCCAUGCCGCUGCAUUAGCCGCCGCCAAAGCCGCUUCACCAAACCAAUAAGAUCGUAUCCAACAGCUUAGAUUAUAGCCUAAACAUUUGCAAACCGUGAUACAAUUCUUUUAUAAUUCCUAGUUGAAUUUUUGAAAUGUUCCCUCUUUUGGACAUGAGAGCGUGCCCACUGGUGUAUCUGCUCGUACCAACUUUUGUAUGCCAUGUGUUGAGUAAAGGAUGACGUGAAAAAAAAAACUUGUUGAAAUAUCGAAUAUAUGUGUUCGAGUCUGGUGCGUGAGAGAGCUUCUAAUACAUGCAAAACAAAUUA